UUCUGUUCCUCUCCCGUCCCUAUUCCAUAGGACAUCAGUACAGAACAUCGAGAUCCCCUUCUUCUCCACCUCUCAGCUCCCCAUUCCCCAACUCAGAUCGAGCAGGCGAGCACCAUGGCUAUGGUGCCCCACCCAGCUUAGUCCAGCAUGCCAGAUCUCGUGCCAGAUAGAUCUUCGCUUGGUCGCACCUCGUAGCCUCGUCCCCUCGCCUCCAUGUGCGUUAGGCUGUCGAUCAUGGGACGAGGGCGAGCGCCGCCUUGACAAUUAGGAGGUCUGCCGCAUUGCCAAGGAGAUCUGCAAGUUCUCCGCCUGUUCGACCUUGCUCUCCAGGCAAUCAGAUAUUCAGAAUCUGGCUGUAAAAGAAGUGCUCUCGUUUAAUUGGAAAAAAACUGAAGCUACGUAGUGUUCAGCUCUUCCAAGAGAACGAAAUCUGUUGUUUUCUCUGGUAAUACAUUCUGAAGUUGUCUUCUGUAUGCAAGAAUAGCAGCUUGUAUGGAUCACGUGGAGAGUGAGAUGUCAUCGUGUCCUAUGGAAACAAAAGAUUGUGCUGAUGCUGAAUCCAUUGUUGUCACGAGCUCUACCAUAUCAGAUUGCUUUAGUACGCCAACGAGCAGCAGGAGCAUUCCAUUUUGUAUUACCUCCUGGACCCCUGAAUGUGACGAGGCAAAAAAACCAGCCAUAGGCAUGGAGUUCAAAGAUUUGGGUGAGGCUGAGCACUUCUACAAGUCGUAUGCCCAUAGUGUUGGUUUUUCUGUACGGAAAGGGCAGAGUAGAACCGUUGGAAAUGAACAAGUGUGGAAGAGAUUCUAUUGCAAUGGACGUGGCUGGCGAUCAGAGAAAGAGCAAACCAAGAUUAAGCGCAAGACAAAAGUUACUAGGUGUGACUGCCAGGCAAUGAUAACUCUAAAAUGGAAAGGCAAUAAAUACAUUGUGACAGCAUUUUUUGAGGACCAUACACAUGAGUUAGCCUCGCCUAGCAAGCAACAAUUCCUGAGAUCGAAUAGAGAAGUUAGUGACAGUGCAAAGAGUUCACUGUUCACAUGCCACACAGCAAGCAUUGGCACCUCUGCGGCCUACCGCUUACUUCGUGUCGGAGAUGGUGGGUUUGCCAAAGUAGGUUGCACAAAGAGAGAUUUUCAAAAUUAUCAUCGCUACUUGAAAUGCGCUAUAAAUACCUCAGAUGCACAGAUGUUCAUUGACAAUCUAGCUAGGAGGAAGGAAGCCAACCCAGCAUUCUUCUUUGAUUACAUGCUGGAUGAGAAGGGGCGAUUGGUGCACAUAUUUUGGGCUGAUACAACUUCUAGGAAGAACUACUCACAUUUUGGAGACGUUAUCUCUUUUGAUUCAACAUAUACAACCAAUCAGUAUAAUAUGAUAUUUGCACCUUUCACAGGAGUGAACCACCAUAAGCAAUCAAUAUUCCUUGGUGCGGCACUUAUCUCCAAUGAAAAGGCAGAGUCGUAUAUCUGGGUGUUUGAGACCUUUUUGAAGGCAAUGGGAGGAAAGAAGCCUAGCCUCAUAAUAACAGAUGAAGCUGCUAGUAUUAAGAUGGCUAUUGACAAAGUUCUUCCAUCAACUAUGCAUCGCCUAUGCAUGUGGCACAUUAUGCGAAAGGUCCCUGAGAAGGUGGAACCUUCUUUGAGGAACAAUGACGAUUUCUAUGCCCGCCUCAAUUCAUGUGUUUGGGGUUCUGAAACUGCAAUAGAAUUUGAGGAGGCCUGGUCUGCCCUCAUCAAUGAUUUUUCUUUGCAAGAUAACACCUGGUUUGCUGAUAGGUAUUCAAUUCGUGAGUCAUGGGUGCCUGCGUACUAUAAGGACAUAUAUCUGGCUGGAAUUCUGAGGACCACCUCUAGGUCAGAGAGUGCGAACAGUUUUUUUAGCCAUUUCAUUGGUUACAAGUAUGCAUUAGUCGAGUUCUGGCUCAGGUUUGUAACUGCCUUAGAGGAGCAACGCCACAAUGAGUUGAUUGAAGAGAAUGCCAAUUUGCAAUCAAUGCCUGAGCUGCGAACAUCAUGGAAAAUAGAGAAGCAUGCUAGUAGUGUCUUCACGCACAAGGUGUUUGAUGCAUUACAGAAAGAGAUCCUCGCAGCUCGUGAAUACUGUGUUGUUGAGAGUAUGAGACAUGAGGGGGAGGAGAAAACCACAUUAAUUAGUGAUGGCCGAUCUUCCAAGGUUCGAGAGGUAGUACUUAACACAGCAACAAUGGAUGCUCAUUGCACCUGCAAGCUAUUUAAGUCUCAUGGUAUUCCAUGUCGUCAUGUUAUUCUUGUUUUGAGAGGUGCAAGGAUUGACCAACUUCCAAGCCAGUUCAUUCUGAAAAGAUGGACAAAACUGUGCAAAAAAAAAGCCAUGUUUGAUGAAGAUGGCAACCUCUUGGAAGAGAAGGCAAAGAGCCCCCUGGAUUUAGCAAUGGAAAACAAAACUUCUAGUGCACGUAAGGACUUCGAGGAAUCCAUUCGCUUGGCUGCACACUCAGUUGAAACCAUGGACAUAGUUACAACAUGUCUCGCCAAUCUUGUGGAUACUAUUAGAAAAAUGGUUCCAGCGGACAAACAAACAAGGAAGGAUGAAUUUGAGUCUUUCCUCGGCUGUAGCAUUCCUUCCCAAAUUGAAAUACAUCCACCAUCUGAUGUUCGCUCUCCUGGGAAAUGCAAGAGAAUUAAAGGACACUUGGACAAGGGAGUGAAAAAAAGCAAGGUCGCUGGGGACAAGGAGAAGGGAAAGACAAUACGGAUGUGUUCUUUAUGUCACCAGCUGGGUACACAUGAUAAGCGCACUUGUCAUACAAAAUCCACACAGUAGCAUGCAGAUACUUGGAGCACAACUAUGCAUUUCCGCGGGUGCAUUCAGAAGUUUGCCGCAAGAUAGCAGUUGACCAGUUCUCUAGUAGUAUUAGAAAUAUGUAUAUUAUCUGGAAGUUAUGUACUAAUUGUCCCUUCCUAGAACUAAUAUGAAUGCAAUCUUUACACUGGCCACCUGAUGGCUGAUGCCAUGUUUCAUGUUUCCAGACGGUGGUUUCAGUCUUUCGGAAGGCAUAGAGAUGCUUAAUUGAUAUCUUUUAACUUAAUUGGUUUGAAGAUUUAUGCUGUUUGUGAAAUAGAGAAAACCUGAUGGCUGAUGACA